AUGGGCUCAUUCCAGAAGGAAACUGAAGAGCUGGUUAUCCAAAAUGUAGAGAAGUCUGAGGUACUCAUUGACUACUUUGCCUCAGUCUUCAAUGGCAAGGACUUUGGCCACACUCACCAAGUUACGGAGGCUAAAGACAGCGACUGGGAAAAGGAAGAUCCCCCCCACUGCAGACAAAGAGAAGGUGCAUUACCACCUGAAGGUGAACAAGCCAUGGAACCUGAUGGGAUUCACCCACAGCUCCUGAAAGAACUGGUGGAUGAAGUUGCAAAACCACUGUCCAUCAUAUUUCGAAAGUCAUGCCUGUCCAGUGAAGAUCCUGCUGACUGGAAAAGGGGAAACAAUAAUUCUUGUACUCUUCUGUGUGAUACAGGUGAUACUGGCCAAGGAGCAAGAGCAUGGAUAAAACAAAUUUUGAAUCAAGACAUGGCUUUCCAACAUAUAAAAGUUAUUUACCCAACAGCUCCUGCCAGGCCAUAUACACCUAUGAAAGGGGCCUUAUCCACAGUGUGGUUUGACAGGUAUAAGAUCUCUAAUGACUGUCCAGAACACAUUGAAAGUAUUGAUUCUAUGUGCCAGGGGCUUACAGAUUUGCUCAACGAUGAGAUUAAAAAUGGCAUUGCAAAGAACAGGAUACUAAUAGGAGGCUUUUCCAUGGGAGGUGGAAUGGCAAUGCAUUUAGCGUAUAGAUUUCAUCAGGAUCUGGCAGGAGUCUUUGCUUUGUCUAGUUUUCUCAAUAAAGACUCUGCUGUUUACAAGGCUUUGAAAGGAAAUGAAUGUGUUCUUCCAGAAUUAUUUCAGUGUCAUGGAACCGCUGAUGAACUAGUUCUCUACUCAUGGGGUGAAGAGACCAACACAAUGUUAAAGUCGCUGGGAGUAUCAACAUCGCUCCAUACUUUUCCAAACCUUCAUCAUGAGUUAAACAGAACAGAAAUAGAAAAACUAAAAACCUGGAUUGUUAAGAAAUUGCCUGUUGAAGCAGCAGAAAGAACUAAAUAA